AUGUUUGGGAUUCCAUAAAUCCCUCUCUUCCUUCUCUUCGCUCUUCACUUUACUAAACAUAUUCCGUGCUUUUGCUUCUUUGUUUCUGCAGAUUUUACUCUCAGAGUGAGUAGCAAAAGAUGUCUGGAAAGGAGUUCACUGUUGAUCUGAAUAAACCCCUCGUCUUCCAGGUUGGUCACCUUGGAGAAACUUACCAAGACUGGGUUCACACCCCUAUUAUGACCGAGGAAAGUCCUCGGUUUUUCAAGAGUGAUUUCAUGGAGAUGUUGACUCGGACUGUGUGGUGGGUAGUGCCAAUCGUAUGGCUACCGGUUGCGUUUUAUUUCAUCAAAAUGUCGCACACCAUGGGUCUCCCACUUCCCCUAGUGGCCAUACUGUCGGUCAUUGGGGCCUUCGUGUGGACAUUUCUCGAAUACUGUUUUCACCGUUUCCUUUUUCACCUCGACACAAAUAGUUACUGGGGGAACACAUUUCACUAUCUCAUCCACGGUUGUCACCACAAGCACCCUAACGAUGGACUAAGGCUUGUGAUUCCGCCUGCAGAAGCUGCUAUACUAGCCGUAAUGUUUUGGAAUCUAUAUGGCAUUUUAUUCCCUCUCUCGAUAAGACCCGUUAUGUUCGGAGGUGGACUGAUCGGAUACGUUUUAUACGACAUGAUCCAUUACUACGUUCACCAUGGCCAACCCACCAAACCAUCCAUCAAAACCCUCAAGAAAUAUCACUUGAACCAUCACUUUAGGAUUCAAAACAAGGGCUUUGGGAUAACUACAACGUUAUGGGAUAAGGUUUUUGGGACCCUUCCGAAGACGAAGGCAGCUGAGAAGAGUAGAUAGAAAAGUGACAACAAAGCUGCGGGUAUGCAUGAUUUGUUGGGUACGGUUCUGUAGUCUAUGACGGUUGGGUGUCGUGUUGCCUUUUUCUUUAAGCUAUAUGGGGUCUAUGUUGUCGUACUUGAACUGUUUGUCUUUAGUAAUAAAUGAAUGGGUGUUGAACA